AUGCCACGUAAGCUACGUAAGAAUAUACGUAAGAGGAAGAGAGCAUUGAAACAUCCAAUAGUAAAACUGACACCACAACAACAAUUGCAACAACAAAUAAUGAAUGACCCCACUAUGUUGCAACAAAUGUCAAGCAAUCCUAUGCUUUUAAACCGAGUCAUUGGUGCACAGAGUGGAGGUUUAAGAGCGGCACUUUUAGCGAAAAUGGCAGGCUAUGGUGGAGCUGCAGACGGAACAGCUUAUAACCCUCAAAGUCAAAUGAAUUUGAGUUCACUCAAAAAUCAAAUAACAGAUGUCAAAAAGUCAAACAUAGACAUACAGAAGCAAAUAAGUGAAAACGAAAAGAAACUAGAAUAUGACAGACACACAAAGAAACUCAAUGAGUUAAACGUAGAGAAAAAGAAGAAAGAAGAACAACUGAAAGAACUAAGUACAGAGGAAUAUGCGAAAAAAGUGUCAGAAAAAGCAGCAGAAGUAGCAAAAAUGGAACAAGAUGUCAUAAAUUUGAAAAACCAUACUACUCAAUAUAAAGUACUGAAAGAUGAAGAAAUAAAACAAAAAGCCCUGAAGACAUAUAUGGAUAGCGAUGAGUAUAAAAAAGAAGUUGAAGCAAAUGUAAAGGCAGAAAAACUUUUACAGUUGCAAAACCAAACCGUACAGUAUGAAAACUUAGCACAAGAAAGUAAAAAUAACGACGCAGCCAUGCAAAAGGCAAUGAAAAGCGCAGAAUAUAUAAAAGCUAACAAUGACUGGUUAGAUGCCCAAGCCAACGCUAAAGC